UUUCAUUUCCCUUUUUCUCUUAUCACAGAAGAAGAAAAAAAAAAGAGAGAAAGAAGCUCCCAUUGAUUUUAUUUGUUUUCUUUUCACUCAAAGACUUUUAUUUUCUUCUGAUUUUAUUGAAGCUGAAUCAAUGGCUGGAGUUACUGGAAUCCUAAAGCUCGAAGCUUGGAGUAUAUUGUGAAGUUAGAAUAAGAAAAAAGAUCUAAUUUUCUUUUCUUUAAUUUUCUUUAUUUCUGCAAAAAUGGCAUGUCUGGGUAUGUUAGCUAGUAGCUUAGAUCCUGAAAGGAAGCAAAGUGGAGGACUUAGAACAAAACAAGCUGGAAGAGGAUCUUGCCGUGGAAUUUGAAAAUUGCAGUGUUGUUGUAAGUGAAGAUCGUUCUUUUAGUUGAAGCUGAGAUAUAGAGAAAGAGAGAGAAGCUAUGGGUGUUUUGCUAAGAGAAGCGUUGAAGUCUAUAUGCGUUAACAAUCAGUGGUCUUAUGCUGUUUUCUGGAAAAUCGGCUGCCAAAACUCAAGUUUGUUGAUUUGGGAGGAAUGCUACAAUGAAACCUCACUUUCUGAACAAGGGAAUGAGAAAGUUCAGUUGCUUACAAACAGAAUGAUGUUGAACAAUAGAAUCAUUUUGGUAGGAGAAGGGUUAGUUGGCCGAGCUGCAUUUACUGGACAUCAUCAGUGGAUCCUAGCAGAUAGUUUCAACCGUGGUGUUCAUCAUCCACCUGAGGUUAUCAAUGAGAUGCUUCUCCAAUUCUCUGCUGGUAUUCAGACCGUCGCAGUUUUUCCAGUUGUUCCUCAUGGUGUUGUUCAGCUUGGUUCUUCUCUGCCUAUUAUGGAGAACUUGGGGUUUGUGAAUGACGUGAAGGGUCUUAUCCUGCAACUUGGAUGUGUCCCCGGGGCUCUCUUAUCUGAAAGUUACACAACGUAUGAACCUCCUGCUGCUGAUUUUAUUGGAGUCCCCGUGUCCGGGUCUCAGGGACACAAGAUCCUCCAAUCUUCAGCUUUUGUAGCUGAAACUAGCCAACCACAUUUUAACUCUACUGGUUCAUCAUCAGAUCAUCAAAAUGAUCAAACGUUUCAAGAAGCUUCCUGUAAUCUUGGAGGAUGGCAAAACACAACAAGUUUUCUAACAUCACACGAAGUCGUACCUGUACCACCUUCGAACCCUGAUGCUUGGCUGAAUCAGAACUUCUCAUGUAUGUCUAAUGUUGAUGAAGUAGAGAAACAAGUCCCAUGUGAAGACUCAAGCUCCAAACGAAGUGAUGACUUGUUUGAUAUGUUGGGUCUGGAUGAUAGGAACAGAGGUUGGGGGAUGAGAACAGACCUGCUCACUAGGGAGUUAUCAGACUUUAGGAUCAUUCAAGAAAUGGGUUCUUCAGGGUAUGAACAUUCAGGAACAGAUCAUCUCUUAGAUGCUGUGGUCUCAGGUGCUUGUUCCUCCACAAAGCAGAUCUCAGAUGACACUACUUCUGAGUCCUGCAAAACCACAAUGACCAAAGUUAGCAACUCUUCCGUCCACAAUAGCCCUCAGGGGACACAUGUGGGGCCAUCGUCGGUGGUUUACGGGUCUCAGAUCAGUUCUUGGGUUGAACAAGCUCACAGCUUAAAGCGUGAGGGCACUCCAAAGGUGGUGACGAAUAAGAAUGAAACUGCAAAAACUAACCGUAAAAGGCUUAAACCAGGAGAGAACCCAAGACCUAGGCCAAAAGAUCGCCAAAUGAUUCAAGAUCGUGUCAAGGAGUUGCGUGAAAUCAUACCAAACGGUGCAAAAUGUAGCAUAGAUGCGCUCCUCGAACGUACAAUCAAACACAUGCUCUUCUUACAAAACGUCUCCAAGCAUGCUGAUAAGGUGAAGCAAACCGGGGAGCCUAAGAUCAUGAAAGAGGAUGGAGGGGCAACAUGGGCUUUCGAAGUAGGGUCAAAGUCUCUCAUGUGUCCCAUUGUAGUUGAAGAUAUAAACCCUCCUCGCAUCUUCCAAGUUGAGAUGCGAUGUGAACAACGAGGAUUCUUUCUUGAAAUCGCUGAUUGGAUCAGAAGCUUAGGACUGACCAUCUUGAAGGGUGUCAUUGAAACUCGAGUAGACAAAAUUUGGGGUCGCUUCACUGUUGAGGCGAGUCGAGAUGUGACAAGGAUGGAGAUAUUCAUGCAGCUAGUGAAUCUUUUGGAGCAGGCAAUGAAAUGUGGAGGAAACUCUAAGACUGUUUUGGAUGGGAUCAAGGCAUCAAUGCCCAUUACCAACACCUUACCGGUUACUACUGGUGGCUGUUCAAUGUAACACAAUUAGUGACCGUACCGGAGUUAAACCGGCUUGGUUAAGCUGGAUUCAUAUAGAGGUUACGAGCGGACCGGUCCAGGACUUUUAGGCUCGCUAUGACUAACUAAAAUAAAAGUCAGUCUGGAAACCGGUUUGGCUGUUCAAUGUACAUUUGCUUCUUCCUUUUCUGGUUUUAUUUAUCUUUUGGGAUUUUGGCGAUUUUAUUUUCUGUAUUGAAUCUCAUUUGUGUUGAUUUUAGUUACUUUUAAUCCUAUGGAGUCUGAUAUAAUGAAUUAAUCUUGUUUUUGGAGUGUAGAUUUUAGUUUAGUAGUCUAAAUAUUCCUAG